AUGCCUCGCCAACAGACACAGUCGCGGGGUCCGAAAGACCGUGGUGCGCCGCGGCCACCAGCCCAAAAACGCCAGAAGGGCAGCGGACUAGACGCGCUCUCUCGCGCGGAAGAACAAAUCCCCACCAAAUUGGGUGUGCGGCGCAAUCGUCUUGGUGACUACGAUGACGGAGAAUGGCGGAAAAGGCCCACAGGCCAGGACGACGAUGACGAGAAUGAGCGCCCGAUUUACAAGAAGCGCCGAACCGACGCAUCAGACGAAGGCGGAAGCGAUAGCGAAGGCCACGCGUGGAAGCUGGGACAAGUUGACAGCGAUGAUGACGAAUCUCUAGACAGCGAUGAGGCCCUCGGAUCCAGUGACGAGGAGCGAUUCGAGGGUUUCACCUUCCGCGGCAGCUCUUCGCACACGUCCAAGCCCAAGGCAAAGAGAGCCGAUAAGAAGAAGCGUGCAGGAAUCAAUCUAUCCGAAGAUGUCGACGGGUCCGAGGAAGAGGAAUCUGGUGAGGAGGAUGACGACGAUGAAGAUGGUAUUGAUCUUCUUACCGCCUGGGAUAUGAAUACAGCAGCCGAGGAGAAGGAGGCCAAGAAGGCUGCAGAUAAGGCCAGGAAGGCUGCGAACGGGGACUAUAGCGACGAGGAUUCAGGCUCGGAGGGCGACAGUGAAGAUGACCCCAGUGACGACGAUACCGAACUGUCUCUCUCAGACGACGAUGCAGCUGCUCAGAAACAUGGUUUAUCCAAACUUCAAGAUUUUGUUAAGUCGAUGGAGAGUGAAAGAGCCAGAAAACCCAAGCAGAAGUCGCAAGAACAGGGCACACCGACCGUAUACGGAUUAACGUCUUCUCGCAAAUUGACCGUUGCCGAUCUGCUACCCACCAUUACGGAUUCCCGCCUCAAAAGCUCGUUGAAGCAUGUGGAUGCUAUUGCUCAGGCAUCUAAAACGGGCAUUCCAGGCAAGCUUGAUGCUCCUUUGGCGAAGCGCCAACAGGAUAAGCUUGACCGGACUGCCGCCUACGAGAAGAGCAAGGAGACUCUCGAUCGAUGGCUCGAGACGGUCAAGGCCAACCGCAAAGCCGAGCACCUCACAUUCCCCCUACCCGACCCCGAUGCGCAACAGUUCCAUCGUCUAGAUGUGGCUAAGCCUAAGACCGACUUGGAGAGCACUAUUCACGAUAUUCUGGUGGAGAGUGGACUGGCUGAAGCCAAUGGCAAGUCCGCCGAAGACCAAGUCCAAGGCUUUGAAGAACUUCAGGCCCGCACGCUGCCUAUUGAAGAAAUCCAGGCUCGGCGAGCUGAGCUGAGAAAGCGACGGGACUUGCUCUUCCGAGAGGAAGUUCGUGCCAAGCGGAUCAAAAAGAUCAAGAGCAAAUCCUAUCGCCGCGUCCACCGAAAAGAGCGCGAGAGACUGGAGCAGCGGGAGCGCCAGGCUCUUCUCGAAUCUGGUGUCGAUCUCGACGAGAUGGAGCGGGACGAGAACGAGCGGAAGAGAGCUGAGGCCCGUAUGGGCUCUAAGCACCGUGAUAGCAAAUGGGCUAAGAGCAACAAGGAGUCUGGACGCACGGCGUGGGACGAAGAAGCCCGGAACAGUGCUGCUGAUCUGGCCAUGAGAGAGGAGGAAUUGCGGAAGCGCAUCGAAGGAAAGCGUGUGUCUCGGGGAGAUGAAGAUUACCUGGGUUCUUCGAGUUCUGAGUCAGAAGAUGAGGAUCCUUGGGCCUCCGACGCUGAAGAUAGAGAGAAGCGCAAGAUGCGCGAACAGCUCGCCGCUCUGGAAGGUGGCGCUUCUGAUGAUGGGGGUAAGGGUGCUCAUUCCAGCCUAUUCUCCAUGAAGUUCAUGAAGAACGCCGAAGCUGCUCGCAAGGAACAAAAUGAUGCGGAGCUCCGUCGGCUCAACCGUGAGCUGCAUGGCGAGGACUCGCAGUCUGAGGCCGAGUCGGAGACCGGCCGACGCAAGUUCGGCCAGUCAGACAAGACGGAGGCAAAUCCCCAGGCGAAAGCUCUGCCGAGGAACGAGUUUGAAGAGGCCUCUGACUCGGAAGACGAGACCCGACAGCACGCCGUGACUGAUCACAAUGUUGACAUCAUUGUCGACCGUUCUGCGAAGCAGAACACUGCUCUAUUUGCUUCCAACACCACGUCUCGAUCAACACAGAAGAUGUUCAGUCAGCAAAAGGAGCCGCCGGCCGAAGAAGAAAAUCCCUGGUUGGUUCAAACUGAACGCAACAACCGCCGACGCGCUGGUGCGGAUGCUCAGGAGACCGUCGAUAUCUCCCUUGACGCGCAACCUCAGGUUUCGCAGAUCAAGUCCCCUGCCAAGGAAAUCAAAACUGUCAAAGCAGUGGCUUCUAGGCAACAGCAGGAGGAGAACGACAGUGACGAUGAGGACAGUGUGCCUGUUCUGUUGAAGAACCAUGACCUUGUCAAGAGAGCGUUCGCUGGUGAUGAGGUUGUUCAAGAUUUCGAGCAGGAGAAGAUGGACACCAUUGCAGAGGAGGGUGACAAAGUUGUCGACAACACGCUCGAUGGAUGGGGGAGCUGGGCCGGUGACGGCAUCAGUAACAGGCAGAAGAAGAAGCAAAAGCGCGACCUGACUGUUGUUGAGGGUGUGAAGCCCGAGAAGCGCAAGGAUGCCAAGCUUUCUCGUGUUAUCAUCAACGAGAAGCGGAUCCAGAAGAACAAAAAGUACCUGGCUAGCCAGCUGCCUCAUGAGUUUGAGACCAAGGCGCAGUACGAGCGGUCUCUGCGGAUGCCCAUCGGGCCUGAGUGGUCUACUAAGGAGACCUACCAGAGCAGCACCAAGCCUCGUGUGAUGCUCAAGCCGGGCAUUAUCAAGCCCAUGGAGAAGCCCAUCUAG